AAAGCUUAUUUCUUCAAGUAAAUGUUCCUGUGAAAGUAACAUAAAUGUAUUUGUGAUAAUCAUGUGUUAUGUCAUUGUGACAUCCCGUACGCUAUUAUGGACACUUCUUACCAUAGCUACAACAUUAGCUAUGGUGGCGGCGGUCAUUACACCCAGCUGGCUCAUCGGAGCUCCAAGAAAGCCGGGUCUCAGGACAAGACAACAACUUCUGGUUCGCAGUGAUUUUAACAAUAACGAGUUAUUCUCUCCGACCUUAGGUAUUUAUAAUCGUUGUACCAAACUUCACGAGAUUAAUCAACUUUUUACCGAUAACUGUGCUCCUUUUGUAACAAGUUUUGGUAUGCCAUCUGACGAUUUUCCCAAUUUUUGGAAAGCGGCGCUCGUUUUCUUUGCUUGCGGCUUAGUCUUGAUGAUUUUUACCGUCUUCACUUCUCUUCUGGGAUGCUGUAUUCGAAGUAUAGUGAGGAAAAGCAUUUUUACAAUCUCAGGGACCAUUCAGGCAAUUGCUGGUAAGUUUAAUACAGUAUUUAAAUUUUUAAAUAAAAAUGUUUUAAUUAUCAAUGCUAAUAUCAAAAUUUACAGAAAUCUUAUGUACUAUAUAAUUAUUAUUAUAGAUUAUAUAUAAAAACAUAUGCACCACAGAUGUUCAUUGCCCUUCUUAGAUAAGGUUUUAA